UAUCGCAUUUCUUGAGCGGUCUAAGCUAUAGUUUAGUAGACCAGAGUGUGUCAUUAAACACGGCAAGCGAACGACAGCCUCCAUGUUUGUUUGUCUGUUUCCGCUUCGCUGAAAGUGGACGCAGUGGUGUUUGAAAAACAGUAAUAUUUUGCCGAAAGAAACAAUGAUAGAGUUUAUGAGAGUUUAAUGAGCAUUGGAAGAACAAUGUAUCGUGUGUUGAUAUUCGUUUCAAUAAUAUCUCUGUCAAUUGCGAGUCCGCCCUAUAUUGCCAACACAUUAGUGACAACCAAUCUCAACGAGAAUGAUAAUGGCGGGAAACAACUCACGUGCAUUUCGUGCACGCACAUUCGACCAAUCACUAUGCGUUUCGUCAAUCCUAAUGGGGUGACCUCUGUUGGACCGACCAGUCACUGUACGAACUGUUUUUCUGUUCACCAAGUUAGCCCAAUCAGUGACUACUGUCUUUUCUACGAGAAGUUAUCAGGUGGUGUGGAGUUUGCGGCUGCGCGUGGUUACGUCAUCAAGGUGGAGUGUACGGACGGGACUAAUUCGACGCAGGCGGUCAUCAAUGUGAACAUCAUUCCCAACCAGUACCCAGUGUUCGCAGGGUCAGCGUCAGCGACGUGCUUAAACCCUAUCAAUGUUGUUGCCUUGACAACCAAUGAUCCUGUUUACACAGUCACCAACGUGAAUGACUUCGAGAACGAUGUCAUCUACUACAACCUCACAUCCAUACCCGUCGUAGACAACUUCAAAAUAGGAAUUGACGGAAUAAUCCGAGUGAAAACUAUCCCGACUGAUCUGUGCUUUCCCGUGAUUACCUUCUUCGUGAAAGUCCGUGACAGUCGAGAUGAGAAUCCGAGUCCUCUGGUGGUCACAUGCCCACUGCAAAACUACUACACGACGCCCCAGUUGACGAACGCUAACCGCCAGACGACGGUGGGCGAGCAGCUGGCCGUUGGGUCGACGGUGUACACGUUCACAGCGAUCCCCAGCACACCGAGCCUCACCUACCAGCUCACCACCGCCGACCCCUCACUGCAAGGAUUCUUCUCCGUCAGCGGCAACAAUUUGAUAUUAAACCAAAAGCUCGAUGCGGAGAAUGCGGCAAUGAAUGUGAUCCGAAUAAACAUAAACAUUUCCAAUGGAUUUUGUCGGGAGGUGACUUACUACCUGGAUGUACGGGUCAACGACGAGAACGAUCCACCGGUACUCUCGCCAAAAGACUUCUCCAUAACAUUACCCGAGGGAUCAGUGGCUGUAGUUGAUGCUAACUUUGGCGUGACUGACCCGGAUUUAAUCGACACCCACGUCUACAGUAUCGUGUCCGGCAACGCCAACGGCCUGUUCGUCAUCCACCCGAUCACCGGGGUGAUCACCUCGACGGUCCUGUGGGACGUGGACGGCGGCCUUCACCCUGGCUUUGUGACCCUGGGCGUCCAGGUGGCGGACAUCAAGGCCGGGUCGCCGACUGGCGCCACGGACAGCGCCACGGUGCGGAUCACGUUCACAGACAUUGAUGACAACCCGCCCGUCUUCAACAAGGCGGCGUUCGUCUUCAACAUCUACGACUGCACGGUGCCGGGCAUCAUCGGUUCAGUGACGGCGACAGACGCUGAUUCGUCCUUCGGCAACAAUUUUGUCAUUUACGAUCCCGCCGAAGAUGCCAAUGUCAAGGUCUUUUCCAAUGGACAGGUGUUCUUGAAAAUUCAGCAGAGCAUAGGAACCAGUCCACCGUUGACCGUUACUGCGCGCGGUCUUGGCGCCGUUCCUAAAGUUACGCCGUGGUCGUCCCAGGUGAUUCUGAGUAUAGCUAACUGCACCACCCAACCCCUGCCAGGCGGUGGAAACUCAUGCAGUUCUCGAUGCAAAAUGAGCUUCUCGCUGGGAAUUGCUAUCAUUUUAGCAAUUCUGUUUGGACCGACAUCUUACUAACUUGGGGUUUUUUUCGUUUCUGUUUGACGCAUCGAAACAUUAAUCUUAUUUUUAUAUGAAUGAUGAAUUGAUAACCAACACAAUUUGCGAUAAACAAUUUGGCUAUUAAGCUAUGUUUUUAAAAUAAAAGAUAGACUGCUUAAUCGCAUGUAUACGCCAAUACCCAAUAUUACGCACAGUACCAAAUUACGAAGGACAAAAUUGUUAUCUCUUGUUUUUUCUUUCACGAUACGAUGAGAUAGAUCAAAGCGAAUUCGUAUUUUUCGUAAACCAACUGGAUUUGAUAUAAUAC